AUGGUGAAAAUCAGAACCACCAUCUUGGUGUUGGGCGUUGUGGCGCUUUGUGCAGUCACGAUCGCUUCACCGUUGGGUAAGCCGGCAGAUUCCUCCUCGGAGGAAUCGGGCGAGACUGGCGAAUUUAUGAAAGAGCUGCAGGAGAUGUGUCGCAACAAUAGCGGUUCCGAUAUGGCCUUCCUACAGCUGCUGGAGUCCUUCCAAACCAUGAUGAUGUGCAGCGUUUCCGCCAUCGAUAUGGAAGCGUUUGUGACGGAGCUAGAUGCACUCUCGAACGAAACCCGCACGACGUUCUUCCCUCGCUAUUGUCCACAGUUGCGAACGACCUACGGCUGCGUCGAAAGUUUGGUGAACGAUGUGCGGCCAUGUCUCGAGGAGGAUGACUACACCAUCGUGAAGGCACUCGUCGGCAUACUGCCCGAUGCGGUCGAUCUGUUGUGCAAGAAUGAUGGAGAUAUUUUGUUCAAAUUUGAUGAGCCGAAGUACACCGAAUGCUUCGAAAAGAUUUCCGACAGCUUUGACGAGUGUCUCACCUUCCUGAACGGAACGGACGAUUGGGAUAUAUCGCACAUGACGCGUGACCAGUGCGGCGAUCUUACCGGCUUCCGGCAGUGUCUGCAGGAUAAGAUGAACAUUUGCAAGGCACCGGACCUAAUCAGCGUGUACGAUCUGUUCCACAACACGCUGUUCCGCAUGACACCGUGUCGUAACUACGUGGAAAUUCAAAAAGUCACCGUCGUUGAUAACAACGACCUCAACGAGAUCUAG